UGCAAUCCGUUCAGCCGUGUUUUUCUCUAAGAUCGACCGAGAAAAGUGAGAAUUUUCAUUUGAAAACAUGUCAAAAUUAAUCGUUCGAUUGUUAUUGUGUUGUGUUUUUAUUUUGGCGACGUCGAUCAAUGGUCAAAGUUAUCAUGAAAAGUAUCGUCUUCAAUUGCAUUUUUCGAUGCCAUCAGGUUGGGCAAAUGACCCAAAUGGUUUGAUCUAUUCAGAUGAAUACUAUCAUCUGUUUUAUCAACAUGAUCCAUCGGGUGCUUUGAAUAAAUUGUUGCAUUGGGGUCAUGCAAGAUCCCGAGACUUAAUCCAUUGGGAAAAUUUACCGGUUGCACUAUAUCCAUAUGAAAAAGGUGAUAUAUUUAGUGGAUGUUGUGUUAUUGACAAAGACAAUGUUACCGGUUUGAUUUCGGCAGAAAAUCAAGACCAAUCAAACAAUACGAUUGUUGCAGUUUAUACACUUCAUAAAGAUAUAGAACAGAGUCAAGCAUUAGCAUAUUCAUUUGAUGAUGGUAUAACAUGGACUCAAUACGAUGCAAAUCCGGUUCUUCCAAAUCCGGGUAUACCAGAUUUUCGUGAUCCAAAUAUAUUCGAACGUGAUGGAAGGUUUUAUAUGGCAUUAGCCGUUCUUGAUCGAAUUUCAUUUUAUACCAGUAGCAAUUUGUUGGAAUGGACUCGGCUCGGUGACUUUGGACUCGAACCCAAUGAAGGCGAUAAAUCUGGUGUGUGGGAAUGUCCGUCGGUAGUUCGUUUAAAAGAUGAACAGAACAAUGAACAUGAUAUAUUAAUUGUUUCUGAAAAUGGUGAUACACGAGGCAGCCUAACACAGUAUUUUGUUGGUACAUUUAAUGGUACACAUUUUAAUAGUUACGAUCAAUCAAAAAUUUUGUGGGUUGACAAUGGUUUUGACAACUAUGCGGCCAUACCUUAUCAAAACGAUCCAAGUGGAAGAGUUUUAAUAAUCGGUUGGAUGUCAAAUUGGCUUUAUGCACAAUAUACGCCAACAACAACAUGGCGCGGUCAAAUGACAAUUCCACGUGAAUUGGCACUUCAAACGAUUGACGGAAAUAUUCAUCUUGUUCAGCGACCAAUUGAUGAACUCAUGAAUUUAGUUGAUGCCACAAGAAAAUGGUCACUAUCAACACCAUUGACACUAAGUGGCAAUCAAAUUGUUGAUUUAACGCCACAAAUACCAUUCAAAACUGGCUCAAUGUUUACGCUAGAAUAUGUAUUUAAUAUUGAAAAUGUCGUAAAUGGCAAAGUCGGAUUAAGAUUCAGCAAUUUUUUUGGCGAAUUCAUUACAUUCUUUUUUGAUUUAAGCGAAGGAAUUUAUUAUUUAGACCGCAGUAAUUCUGGUGAUGUUUCAUUCAGUCCAAGAUUUGCUAAUAGAAUGGCCGAUGCAAAACGCAUUCGUUCGACCAAUUCACUUUCGGGACAAGUUAUUUUGGACACAGCAUCGAUUGAAAUAUUUGCCGAUGAUGGUUUGAAUACAUUCAGCGCAAUAUUCUUUCCAUCCGAACUAUUUGAAAAUAUUCAAUUGCUAUGUGCAAUUGAAGACAACGAAAAACCAAUAACCGUAGAAAAAUUAAGCGUUGCAGCUCUACAUAGCAUUUGGGCGGAAUCAUAAAAUAUUAAAUUGUAUUAUUUGUUUUCUAUUUGGUGAACUAAUUUUAUCAAAAAAAACAAUUAAUAAAAUAUAGAU